AUGAAGGAGCCCGGCCAGCGACCGUUCGCCGGCGUCGACCUCCGCCGGCCCAAGGGUUACCCGGCGGCCUCGGCUAAGCCGGCGACGACGGACGUCCAUGGCAACGACCCGUGCCCGCGGUGCGAGUCGCGCGACACCAAGUUCUGCUACUACAACAACUACAACACCUCCCAGCCGCGCCACUACUGCAGGUCCUGCCGCCGCUACUGGACCAAGGGCGGCUCCCUCCGCAACGUCCCCGUCGGCGGAGGCUCACGCAAGACCGCCUCCUCGUCAUCUUCAUCGUCGUCGGCGGCGGCGAGCCCCAAGCCGGCCAAGAACUCCAAGCGCCGCCGUGUCGCGCUGGCAUCCCCGGAGCUCGAGACAGAGCCCAGCACCACCGACGCCGCGGGGUCAGCAGAGAAGGAAGCUAUGGCCGGCACCGUCGGAGAUCCCGCUAACGCCGUGGACGCAGCACGAGCGGAAGCCACGGCCGACGGCACCGUCGGCGAUUCACCAACGAAAGCAACGGCCAACGGCACUGUCGACGAUCCCGUCACCGCCUCGGACGCACCACGACCGGAAGCCACGGCGCCUAACGGCACCAUCGACGGUCCCGCCACCGUCUUGGACGCGGCACGAACGGAAGCUACGGCUGACGGCGCCAUGGAUUAUCCCGGCGCGCCCCCAGCGGUGGACGACGCGUGUUUCGCUGAGCCGUCGGUGGCUCUGGGGCUCGGCGCCGCGGAUGCCGGCGGGAAAGAGGCGCCGGACCUGAGCCCGUUCGAGUGGCCGUCGGGCUGCGACGACCUGGGAUCCUACUGGGCACCGGGCGUGUACGCCGACACCGACCCGGUGCUGUUCCUUAACCUGCCGUGA